AUGGAGAGACUCCCGCUGGUGGACGCGAGUGAGGUGCUGGCAGGCGCUUCGCCGAGGGUGCUGGAGCGGGCGUUUCUAGUCCUUGGCCUCCUCGCGCACGGGUAUGUGUUUCAGGACACGGUGGUGGGCGGGAAGCCGGUGGACGAGCUCCCGCCUCAACUCGCGGUUCCGUGGUGCCAGGUGGCGGCGAUGGUGGGCCGACCGCCGGUCAUCACCCACUCGAGCAUUGCGCUGGCCAACUAUCACGAGAUCGACGAGGACAAGGGCGCGGUGGUGGACAACCUCGGCAUGAACUCGCUGUUUCUGGGUGGAAUGGACGAGGCCUGGUUUUACACUGCUGCACUGGGAGUGGAGGGCGCCGGUGCGCCUGCGCUGGUGGGACUUGUGGAGGGCAUGCACGGCGUGGUGCUCGGCGAGCCGGAAAUGGUGCUCAACGCACUGCAGCGAGUGCUGGCGGCGGUGCUGGCGAUGGACGAUGCACUGGCUCGGCUGCCGGAGCGGUGCAUGCCAGCGGUCUUCUACUCGCGGAUCAGGUUGUUUCUGGCGGGGUGGGCCGGCAACAGCGAGCUGCCGAACGGGCUGACGUACGCCGGCGUCACGCCCGACUUUGACCACACCGCGACGCGGCCGGAGCGUGUGGCAGCGGCAUCCGGGUCGGCGACGCCAUCGUUUGUGGGCAAGUUCAACGGGGCGUCUGCAGCGCAGUCGUCGCUCAUCCAAGCGCUUGAUGCUGGGCUGGACAUUGAGCACGAGUCGGCGUUUCUCGACGCGAUGGUGGCGCACAUGCCUCGGCCGCACGCGCGACUCAUCGACGCGCUUUGGCACGGACCGUCACUCCGCGAGUACGCACACGCGUGCGGCGAGCCGGCAGUGCUUCAGAUGUACCUGGCGUGCCGUGAGGCGCUCGCCCUCUUCCGCAACCGGCACAUUCAAAUUGUGGCGCGGUACAUCCUGCAGCAAUCGCCUGCGCGGCCAUCGUCAGAGAAGGGAACCGGCGGAACGUCGAUCAUGCCAUUCCUCAAAGGCAUCCGCGACACCACGCGAGGCUAA